AUGGGGGGUUAUAUAUGGAACUGUUCAUUCAGCGGGGUUUGUGGCCCAAUUACCUCCACUUCACCUUCACCAGUUAACCUAAUUGAAUGCUACACUGCCACCUCGACCUGUGUGGGGCUGCCGGGCGUGGAGGGCUGCGUGUGGGGCUGCCGGGCGUGGAGGGCUGCGUGUGGGGCUGCCGGGCGUGGAGGGCUGCCGGGCGUGGAGGGCUGCCGGGCGUGGAGGGCUGCCGGGCGUGGAGGGCUGCCGGGCGUGGAGGACUGCGUGUGGGGCUGCCGGGCGUGGAGGACUGCGUGUGGGGCUGCCGGGCGUGUGGGGCUGCCGGGCGUGGAGGACUGCGUGUGGGGCUGCCGGGCGUGGAGGACUGCGUGUGGGGCUGCCGGGCGUGGAGGACUGCGUGUGGGGCUGCCGGGCGUGGAGGACUGCGUGUGGGGCUGCCGGGCGUGGAGGACUGCGUGUGGGGCUGCCGGGCGUGGAGGACUGCGUGUGGGGCUGCCGGGCGUGGAGGACUGCGUGUGGGGCUGCCGGGCGUGGAGGACUGCGUGUGGGGCUGCCGGGCGUGGAGGACUGCGUGUGGGGCUGCCGGGCGUGGAUGACUGCGUGUGGGGCUGCCGGGCGUGGAGGACUGCGUGUGGGGCUGCCGGGCGUGGAGGACUGCGUGUGGGGCUGCCGGGCGUGGAGGACUGCGUGUGGGGCUGCCGGGCGUGGAGGACUGCGUGUGGGGCUGCCGGGCGUGGAGGACUGCGUGUGGGGCUGCCGGGCGUGGAGGACUGCGUGUGGGGCUGCCGGGCGUGGAGGACUGCGUGUGGGGCUGCCGGGCGUGGAGGACUGCGUGUGGGGCAAAAGCCGGGCGUGGAGGACUGCGUGUGGGGCUGCCGGGCGUGGAGGACUGCGUGUGGGGCUGCCGGGCGUGGAGGGCUGCGUGUGGGGCUACCAGGCGUGGAGGGCUGCGUGUGGGGCUACCAGGCGUGGAGGGCUGCGUGUGGGGCUGCCGGGCGUGGAGGGCUGCGCGUGGGGCUGCCGGGCGUGGAGGGCUGGAUGGUUACCAAGCGCCACAAGAGAGAAGCCACUACCUGCAACAAACCCACAACGCAGCCAAGGCAAUAUAUGAAGUUAAUUGUAAGACCAAACAAAAAUAAAGAAAAAAUGUCCUAA